AUGGAGGUGACCUGCCUUCUACUUCUGGCGCUGAUCCCCUUCCACUGCCGGGGACAAGGAGUCUACGCUCCUGCUCAGGCUCAGAUUGUCCACGCCGGCCAGGCAUGUGUGGUGAAGGAGGACAACAUCAGCGAGCGUGUCUACACCAUCCGGGAGGGGGACACUCUCGUGCUGCAGUGCCUUGUCACGGGGCAUCCUCGGCCCCAGGUGCGCUGGACCAAGACUGCGGGCAGCGCCUCAGACAAGUUCCAGGAGACAUCGGUGUUCAACGAGACGCUGCGCAUCGAGCGCAUCGCGCGCACGCAGGGCGGCCGCUACUACUGCAAGGCGGAGAACGGCGUGGGCGUGCCCGCCAUCAAGUCUAUCCGCGUGGACGUGCAGUACCUGGACGAGCCCAUGCUGACGGUGCACCAGACGGUGAGCGAUGUUCGAGGCAAUUUCUACCAGGAGAAGACAGUGUUCCUGCGCUGUACGGUCAACUCCAACCCGCCUGCCCGCUUCAUCUGGAAGCGGGGCUCCGACACCCUGUCUCACAGCCAGGACAAUGGGGUCGACAUCUAUGAGCCCCUCUACACCCAGGGGGAGACCAAGGUCCUGAAGCUGAAGAACCUGCGGCCCCAGGACUAUGCCAGCUACACCUGCCAGGUGUCUGUACGCAACGUGUGCGGCAUCCCAGACAAGGCCAUCACCUUCCGGCUCACCAAUACCACGGCACCACCAGCCCUGAAGGUGUCUGUGAAUGAAACUCUGGUGGUCAACCCGGGGGAGAAUGUGACAGUACAGUGUCUGCUGGCAGGCGGCGAUCCCUUACCCCAGCUGCAGUGGUCCCACGGGCCGGGCCCGCUGCCCUUGGGUGCUGUGGCCCAGAGUGGCACCCUCAGCAUCCCUUCAGUGCAGGCCCAGGACUCUGGCUACUACAACUGCACGGCCACCAACAACGUGGGCAACCCUGCCAAGAAGACGGUCAACCUGCUGGUGCGAUCCAUGAAGAACGCUACGUUCCAGAUCACCCCAGAUGUGAUCAAAGAGAGUGAGAACAUACAGCUGGGCCAGGACCUGAAGCUGUCGUGCCAUGUGGAUGCAGUACCCCAGGAGAAGGUGACCUACCAGUGGUUCAAGAAUGGCAAGCCGGCACGCAUGUCCAAGAGGCUGCUGGUGACCCGAAAUGACCCCGAGUUGCCUGCCGUCACGAGCAGCCUAGAGCUCAUUGACCUGCACUUCAGCGACUAUGGCACCUACCUGUGCGUGGCUUCCUUCCCAGGAGCACCUGUGCCUGACCUCAGCGUCGAGGUGAACAUCUCCUCUGAGACAGUGCCUCCCACCAUCAGCGUGCCCAAGGGCAGGGCCGUGGUCACAGUGCGGGAGGGCUCGCCCGCCGAGCUGCAGUGUGAGGUUCGAGGCAAGCCGCGGCCGCCGGUGCUCUGGUCCCGCGUGGACAAGGAGGCUGCGCUCCUGCCCUCGGGGCUGCCCCUGGAGGAGACCCCGGACGGGAAGCUGCGGCUGGAGCACGUGAGCCGCGACAUGAGUGGGACCUACCGCUGCCAGACGGCUCGGUAUAAUGGCUUCAACGUGCGCCCCCGCGAGGCCCAGGUGCAGCUGAACGUGCAGUUCCCGCCGGAGGUGGAGCCCAGCUCCCAGGAUGUGCGCCAAGCGCUGGGCCGGCCCGUGCUGCUGCGCUGCUCGCUGCUGCGGGGCAGCCCCCAGCGUAUCGCCUCGGCCGUCUGGCGCUUCAAAGGGCAGCUGCUGCCUCCGCCGCCCGCUGUCCCCGUCGCCGCCGAGGCCCCCGACCACUCCGAACUGCGCCUCGACGCCGUCACCCGCGACAGCAGCGGCAGCUACGAGUGCAGCAUCUCGAACGACGUGGGCUCGGCUACCUGCCUCUUUCAGGUCUCGGCCAAAGCCUACAGCCCGGAGUUUUACUUCGACACCCCCAACCCCACCCGCAGCCACAAGCUGUCCAAGAACUACUCCUAUGUGCUGCAGUGGACCCAGAGGGAGCCCGAUGCUGUCGACCCCCUGCUCAACUACAGACUCAGUGUCCGCCAGUUGAAUCAGCACAACGCCGUGGUGAAGGCCAUCCCAGUGCGGCGCGUGGAGAAGGGGCAGCUGCUGGAGUACAUCCUGACUGACCUCCGUGUGCCCUACAGCUACGAGGUCCGCCUCACACCCUACACCACCUUCGGGGCUGGUGACAUGGCCUCCCGCAUCAUCCACUACACAGAGCCCAUCAACUCUCCCAACCUGUCAGACAACACCUGCCACUUUGAAGAUGAGAAGAUCUGUGGCUACACCCAGGACCUGACAGACAACUUUGACUGGACACGGCAGAAUGCCCUCACCCAGAAUCCCAAGCGCUCCCCCAACACUGGUCCUCCCACUGACAUCAGUGGCAGCCCUGAGGGCUACUACAUGUUCAUCGAGACAUCAAGGCCCCGGGAGCUGGGGGACCGAGCCCGUUUGGUGAGUCCCUUGUACAAUGCCAGCGCUAAGUUCUACUGCGUCUCCUUUUUCUACCACAUGUACGGGAAGCACAUCGGCUCCCUCAACCUCCUGGUGCGGUCCCGGAACAAAGGGGGCCUGGACACGCACGCCUGGUCCCUCAGUGGCAAUAAGGGCAAUGUGUGGCAGCAGGUGCAUGUGCCCAUCAAACCCAGCGGGCCCUUCCAGAUUAUUUUUGAGGGGGUUCGAGGCUCUGGCUACCUGGGGGAUAUCGCCAUAGAUGACGUCACACUGAAGAAGGGAGAGUGUCCCCGGAAGCAGAUGGAUCCCAAUAAAGUCGUGGUGAUACCGGGCAGUGGAGCCCCCCGCCAGCCCCACCCGCAGCUCUGGGGGCCCAUGGUCAUCUUCCUCUUGGCAUUGCAGAGAUGAUGAGAGCUGCGUGGCCUCCCCACCCCGCCCCCGGUACACCAAAGUGUCCGCAUCGUACCAAAGACUGACCCCCGCCAGCCGGGGUGCCCAGGGGCAGGGCCGGCCCGCCAGGGAGGGGGCCUGCAUUGGCUGCGAGGAUGAGCAGAGAAACAAGGACAGAGGCCCGGCGCUGAGGCCCUGGAGCCGGUCGUUUGACACACGCACACACGCACACACUCACACGCACACAC